AUGGGAAACGAGGAACGGGAGGGAAUCCCAGUACCAAACUGGAGUAUUCGGUUUCACUACGAAGAGAAGAAGAGAGAAAAAAGAAGACGACGAGUAGAAGGCAGGCAGUCGCGGGUUCGGAAUGCGAUAGACUUGGUAACGGAUCAGGCCAAAAAAAGUCAAUCCGCGUUGCUGUUCUUUCCCCAUAAUUGA